CGAAGAUGGCGGCUCGGAUUCGUAAUAGUGCGAAGAGGGAGUACCAACUGUUACCACCUGUAAAUAUUUUUGCAACUAAUAUUUCAUAUUCCCAGCCAAGUAUUAUUUAAUUAAAUCUUUUUUUGGCGUGGAUCUGCGACUGGUGACGGUGACUGACGUCAUUGGGAGCAUGAUGUCAUCGUUAUUUGCCGUCUCCUUUAUAGACGAUACAACUUGUUCAGAACCACCACAAUGUCCUCCAACAAUUUCUCGUAUGCCUCCGCUGCCAAACGCGCUGUCGACGAUGGUCAGCCAGACCCCUUGCCGGACACCGGUUUGCUCAACACCACCCGGCCUUCAGCCAAUCCUGUAGUAGACGACACCGCCAAAGUAACCAUCGUACCCUCUGACUACAAAUCCAAUCCUGUGACGGCCACCUCCGCCAAUGCACCUUCCCAAGACUUGGAUUCACCUCCUAACAAGAAGCGUCCCAAUAGGCAACAUCAUAAGGUUGAGGACGAAGGAUAUUACUUUUGGGACGUUGCGAAGGACUAUCUACUCCGACCAGGUGUCGCUGGCGGUAUCAUUGGUAUAGUUAAUGUUGGUUUACUUGCUGGUGCAGCUCGCGCCUUCUACACCCAACCACAUCUUCGUCGAGACUCAAAGGCCAUAUCCUCAGCGGUAGCAGCUACCAUUGCUCUUCUAUCCAUGGAAGGAUUUGCCGUCGAGAAGUAUAGCAAAACUCCAAGGGGACAAGAGGAAGCUCGCCGUGCCAAAGAAGAUGGCAGCCUAAUCUACCGGAACCUUCGUGAGCAAAUCCUUCGUCCUGAUGUGCUCGGAGGGAUUCUUGGUAUAGUUAACGCUGGUAUUUUGGGUGCUGUGGGAUAUUUCUCAUACAUCAACUGGGAUAAACCUACAUGGGACAGGCGAGUUGUGUCAGCAGUAUCUAUUGGUGUUUUGGCGCUUUGGAGUGGCGAAGGUGUCUUGGCUGAAGGAAUCAGAUCCUCAAAACGUCAAUGAAGUUUAUCGCACGCGUGACUGAAACAAAUAACUUAAUUACAUGGCACAUGUACUUGAGCAAUAACUUGUACCAUUUCCCCAUUAUUUUAGAAAGGUUACCUAAAACCCUCAAAAAAGGCACAUAUCAUACACAUCAUGAGACCUGAUCGUAGCCUCAACUA